AUGCAACCGACCUGUCCAGCUCCUUUCGGGGCGGCUGCUGUCUCAUCUAGUGCGGGCCAGGAAGUCGCAAGUACAAUCCAACGGCAAUUUACUCAUGCUGAAGAGGAUCGUAUCGUGGAGACCCCACUAGGAGAGAAGGCAGACAGUUCAGACACGGCAGGGCCAGAUUCCGAGGACGGCAUUGAUCAGGAAGGGCACGAAAAGGUUACAGCUCUUGCGCGGAGCCUCUCGCAGAUAUCUCAGAAGAGUGCAGAUCCAACCAACACUUUUCUCGACUCCUCCAGCGACCCCGAGCUAGACCCCAGCUCCGACAAAUUCAGUUCGCGCAAAUGGAUGAAGAAUUUGUUGCACAUUAAGACGCGCGAUCCAGACCAUUAUCCCCGUCGUACCGCAGGCGUCUCAUUUCGCAACCUGAAUGCCUAUGGUUACGGAACAGCAGCCGACUACCAGGCCGAUGUAGCCAACAUGUGGCUCAAAGGGUUCGGGUGGCUUCGAAGUAUUCUCGGGUGUAGGGACAGGGUUCGCAUUGACAUCUUGCGCAAUUUUGAGGGAUUUGUCCGCAGCGGCGAAAUGCUUGUUGUACUUGGCCGGCCAGGCAGUGGAUGCUCAACCUUCCUCAAGACGAUUGCGGGAGAAACUCAUGGUUUGUGGCUGGACGAAGGAACUCACAUUCAAUACGAGGGUAUCUCAUGGGAUGAAAUGCACAGUCGCUUCCGCGGCGAGGUCAUCUACCAGGCAGAAACCGAAAUUCAUUUCCCUCAGCUCACUGCAGGCGAGACUCUGCUUUUCGCCGCCCAGGCUCGAACCCCAGCAAACCGUUUCCCUGGUGUCUCCCGCGAACAAUAUGCAACUCAUAUGCGGGACGUCGUCAUGACCAUGCUGGGUCUAAGCCACACGAUGAAUACACGGAUAGGAAAUGAGUACAUUCGAGGCGUCUCUGGAGGCGAGCGAAAGCGGGUCAGUAUUGCCGAGACUAUCCUCUGUGGCUGCCCUCUCCAAUGCUGGGAUAACAGCACCCGAGGUCUUGAUAGCUCUACGGCUCUGGAAUUCGUCAAGAACCUUCGCCUGUCCACGAAUUAUACUGGGUCAACAGCUAUAGUAGCCAUCUACCAGGCUAGUCAGGCUAUUUACGACAUAUUUGACAAGGUCAUUGUGCUCUAUGAAGGCCGCCAGAUAUACUUCGGCAAAGCUAGUGAUGCGAAGCGCUUCUUCAUUGACAUGGGGUUUGACUGCCCAGACAGGCAAACCACCGGUGACUUCUUAACAUCUCUGACGAGUCCUUCCGAAAGACUGGUCCGGAAAGGGUACGAAGCCCUCGUCCCGCGUACCCCGGACGAGUUUGCUGCUCGAUGGAGGGAAAGCGCCGAGCGGCAACGGCUCCUGGCUGACAUUGAAGCAUUUGAAAACGAGUCUCCGUUGGGUGGCAGCAAAUACAAGGAGUUCACUGUCUCUCGCGCAGCUGAAAAAGCCAAAGGUACCAGGGCGCCUUCGCCCUACACUCUUUCGUACCCGAUGCAAAUUCGUCUGUGUCUCCGCCGAGGCUUUCUUCGUCUCAAAGGUGACAUGAGCAUGACUCUGGCAACCGUCAUUGGCAAUAGCAUCAUGGCAUUCAUUGUCUCCAGCGUAUUCUAUAACUUGGACCAAACGACCAACAGUUUCUUCUCCCGUGGUGCACUCCUCUUUUUCGCAAUUCUGCUGAACGCCUUUGCAAGCUCGCUUGAGAUUUUGACGUUGUGGCAGCAACGGCCGAUUGUAGAGAAGCACGACAAAUACGCGCUCUAUCAUCCUUCGGCAGAAGCCAUCAGCUCUAUGAUUGUUGACUUACCUUCCAAGUUUCUGGUUUCCGUCGUGUUCAACCUUAUCCUUUACUUCAUGACCAAUCUGCGUCGAACCCCGGGACACUUCUUUGUCUUCUACUUGUUCUCCGUAACAAUCACUCUGACCAUGUCCAAUAUUUUUCGCUGGAUCGGAGCAAUCUCACGCUCGAUGGCACAGGCCAUGGUACCCUCCUCUAUUUUUAUGAUGAUUCUUGUCAUCUACACGGGUUUCACGAUUCCAGUACGCGAUAUGCAUCCAUGGUUCAAAUGGCUGAACUAUUUAAAUCCGAUCGGUUAUGCGUUCGAAUCUCUCAUGAUCAACGAGUUCAGUGACAGGGAAUUCCCUUGCGCUCAAUACGUACCCGCUGGCCCGGGUUACGAGAAUGUUCCCCUUAGCUCAAAAAUUUGCUCUCAGAAGGGCGCCGUAGCUGGACAAGACUACGUUGACGGUGACGCAUUUAUCAAUACUUCAUAUCGGUAUUUCAGCUCACAUCUCUGGCGGAAUUAUGGCAUUAUAUUAGGUUUCUUUUUCUUCUUCCUGGCUGCCUACAUCAUCUGCAGCGAGCUAGUCCGUGCGAAACCCUCCAAAGGGGAAAUCUUAGUAUUCCCUCGAGGGAAGAUACCUGCAUUUGUCAAGAAGCCCCGGCGCGAUGGUGAUCUGGAAGGAGCUCCGACCUCAGAGAAGCAGCAGCUUGAUAAUGCGGGCCAUGACAGCACCGCUGCAAUCGCCAAGCAAACCGCGAUCUUCCACUGGCAAGAUGUAUGCUACGACAUCAAAGUCAAAGGAGAGACACGCCGAAUUCUGGAUCAUAUCGACGGAUGGGUCAAACCAGGAACGUUAACAGCAUUGAUGGGUGUGACUGGGGCUGGUAAAACGUCGUUGUUGGACGUCCUGGCUAAUCGUGUUACCAUGGGUGUGAUCACCGGCGAGAUGCUAGUUGACGGUCGCAUGAGAGAUGACUCCUUUCAACGGAAGACUGGUUAUGUUCAACAGCAGGACCUGCACUUGGAAACAAGUACUGUCCGCGAGGCUCUUAUCUUCAGCGCUACACUCCGGCAGCCAGCGAGCACACCGCACAAGGAGAAGGUAGCCUAUGUCGAGGAAGUAAUUAAGAUGCUAAACAUGGAAGAGUACGCGGAGGCUGUUGUUGGAGUUCUUGGUGAGGGCCUUAAUGUCGAGCAGAGAAAGCGGUUGACGAUUGGUGUUGAGCUUGCCGCCAAGCCGGCGCUGCUCUGCUUCUUUGACGAGCCCACUUCUGGUCUUGAUAGCCAAACAGCCUGGUCCAUUUGCACUCUUAUGAGGAAACUGGCGGACCAUGGGCAGGCCAUCCUCUGCACCAUCCACCAGCCAUCGGCCAUUCUGAUGCAACAGUUUGAUCGUCUGCUCUUCCUCGCCAAGGGCGGGAAAACGGUAUACUUUGGCGAGUUGGGGCCCAACAUGGAGACACUAAUCAAGUACUUUGAGAAAAAGGGUUCUUCCAACUGUCCUAAGAACGCAAACCCUGCCGAGUGGAUGCUGGAAGUCAUUGGUGCAGCUCCCGGCUCGCAUGCGGACCAGGACUGGCCGGAAGUCUGGAAUAACAGCCCGGAACGAGCUCAAGUACGUGCAGAACUGGCACAGAUGAAAGAGGAUUUGCUACAACGACCUCCGCCACCUCGGACCAAGGAGUAUGGUGAGUUCGCUAUGCCUCUCUGGGCGCAGUUCCUUGUUUGUCUCCAGCGCAUGUUCCAGCAAUACUGGCGAAGUCCGUCGUACAUAUACUCCAAGGCUGCAACGUGUAUCAUUCCGCCCCUGUUCAUUGGCUUCACGUUUUGGCGGGAGCCGACCAGUUUGCAAGGCAUGCAGAAUCAAAUGUUCGCCAUCUUCAUGCUGCUGGUCAUCUUCCCCAACCUCGUCCAACAGAUGAUGCCGUACUUUGUAACUCAGCGAGCCUUGUAUGAAGUGCGCGAACGACCCUCCAAGGCGUACUCGUGGAAAGCGUUUAUGCUCGCGAGCAUCCUGGUCGAAUUACCCUGGAACAUUCUAAUGGCCGUGCCAGCAUAUUUCUGCUGGUAUUACCCAAUCGGCCUCUAUCGUAAUGCGUAUCCAACGGACAGCGUGACUGAGCGCGGUGGCACAAUGUUCCUGUUGAUUCUCAUCUUCAUGAUGUUUACGUCCACGUUCAGUUCGAUGAUCAUUGCAGGCAUUGAGCAGCCAGAGACAGGUGGCAACAUCGCACAGCUGCUGUUCUCACUUUGUCUCAUUUUCAAUGGUGUGCUAGCAAGUCCGUCGGCCCUCCCGGGCUUUUGGAUUUUCAUGUACCGGAUAUCCCCCUUCACGUACCUUGUGUCCUCAGUGUUGUCGGUGGGUCUAGCUGGAACCAGCGUCAAGUGCUCAGAUAUUGAGAUCCUCCAUGUUCCACCCCCGCAGGGCCAGAAUUGCUCGAGCUUCCUGGGCGCAUAUGUACAGAUGUCCCACGGCAGAUUACUUAACCCGGAGGCAACCGCGAAUUGCCAGGUGUGUCCAGUGGCAGAUACGGAUACUUUUCUGGCACAACUGAGCAUCAGCUACUCAGAUCGCUGGCGCAAUGUGGGGCUGUUGUUCGUGUACAUUGUGUUCAAUAUCUUUGCCGCGGUCUUUCUGUAUUGGCUCAUUCGGGUGCCCAAGAAAAGGUCUCGCAAGAUCAAGGAGGAGUAG